AUGGACUUGGAUGAACCUCUCGACGAGGAUGAGCAAGCAGAGAUGAUUCAGACCAUGGAGCGUCAGAACUCGCAACAAGACAUCUUCUUUCGGGACACUCACGUGCUGAACGCACUACUACCACAACAACAGAAUGCUUUCUUCCUGGUGUCGCUUGUGUUCAGCCUGCUCAAGCUCUACUGCGCGCUCUCGCAGCUGUUCCUACCGUGGCAGCUGCCCUUCCACUUCUACCUCGACGAGGUCUACCCGGUGUGGGUCGUGGCCCUCCUCGAGUUCGUCUCCCUGCUGCCCUUCGUCCUGGUCGGCCUCUACAUUCGACCGCGCCGGGCCGAGGUGGGCACCAGCAGCGGCAGCUCGCCGACCGAGGAGGAGUCCUUUCACGGCCGCGUCAUCCACAAGCGGCAGCUGCUGCAGUGGGCGCUCCUGCUCCACGUGCCCACCCUGGCGGUGCUGCUCGUCACCUACCUUUUCACGCUGCCCGAGUCGCCCGUCUCCGUGCUCCACUUCAUGUGGUUCGUCGGCGCGAGCUUCGCCUACCUCGGCCUCUGUAAAUACCUCGACGGGGCCAUGCUCGAAGUCGAACACGGCGUCCGCAACCUCUACAACUACACCUACUCCUACAAGAAGGCCUGA